AUGAAGCCAUUUACGGUAGCGUUGUCUGUAAUAUUAGUGAUCGCUGCCACCUUCGAGAUAGCAGUAGCACAAUUCAACCAAUGCACGGGUAGUGAUAGCUGUAUCGUCAUUAACCAAUGUGCUCAGUUUGGUCCACAUUUUAACGAUCCUUCCAAGUGGUCCAACAGCUUAAGAACUGAGUUCCGUUCGAGGGUUUGCAAACGAGAAAAGACCAACAAAGGAAAUAUUUACAAAGUGUGCUGUCAAAAGCCAGCCGCUCAGAAUGAUAAUCGUAAGCGAGGGCUCGAUCUGCUGGAUCUGGAAAGUUGCGGCGCCUAUUCCGUAGACAAGAUCGCUUUCGGGAAGGAAGCCAAACUGUUCCAAUAUCCCUGGAUGGCACAGUUAAAGCCUAAGGUUGGAAACUUCGUCUGCGGUGGCACGUUGAUCAACGAACGUUAUGUACUGACGGCGGCUCACUGUUUCAAAAAUAACAAUGUUGCGAUAGUCCGGUUGGGUGAGUUCGACUUAAGCACUGAAAUCGAUUGUGAUAAACAUGGUGAGUGUGCUCCAGCACCGCAAGACAUUCCCAUCGAGCGUGCCAUCCUGCACAGCAGCUACAGUGCGCGGCGCAAAGUGAACGACAUUGCACUGAUCCGGUUGGCAGAGAAGGCAUCCUACAACGACAAUGUACUGCCUAUCUGCCUGCCGGCAUCUUCAGCGAUGAGUACUAAACAAACGGUUUACUUCGUUGCCGGCUGGGGAAGAACAGAGGCCGCUCUCUACUCGGAAAAGCUUCUAUAUACCAUGCUCAGCAUACUGCCAAAUGAUGAAUGUAGCCAGCAACUGCUGAAGGUGGAUCCGUACAUCAAACUGAGCGACAAUCAGAUGUGUGCGAUCGGUACCAAUCUUACUGAUAACUGCACAGGAGAUUCGGGUGGACCGCUUAAGGCGGUCAGCAUCAAUGGACGGUUUGUGCAGUACGGAGUGGUAUCGGUUGGAUUGCGAACAUGCGGCAGACAGAGUGCGCCAGGGGUAUACACCAGAGUGGAGAACUACAUGGACUGGAUAUUGGAAAAUCUCGAAGAGUGA